AUGCGUUCCCGACAUGCAUACGGUCUCUUCAGUGCGCUCGGUUCAUUGUUGACAUGGCUCUGUAUGCACAUAUUCACCAACUACGGAAACCCAUGGGACAUAUUCCCAGACUCGAUUCGACGAUUGUGUAUCGCUGUAUUCGUUAUAACAGUCGUCGACUACAUUUGGACCAUUAUAUGGUGGGUUGCAUACGAGCCUGUCCCUGUACCGGCUGAUGAGGCUGCGCUCCCAAAUAUCACUGUUGUGAUACCCGUAUACAACGAGUCAUAUUUUAUUCGGUACUCUCUGCAUUCCGUUCUGCAGUCAUCCUAUCCCAAAGAUCGAUUGGAAGUUGUUGUAGUAGAUGAUGGCUCUACAGACGACACAUGGAAGCACAUUGCUGCGGUCGAGACUUCAUACGCCAACACCGCAGUUUCUUAUCGAACUAUUCGACAUGAGAGAAAUCUUGGCAAGCGAUUCGCGAUCCACACUGGCUUUUCCCUAGCAUCCGGUGACAUUAUCAUCUCUCUAGAUUCAGACAGCAUAUUGGAGCGCAAUUCAAUAUCUCGAUUGAUAGCACCGCUAGUGCUCGAUAAUCGAAUUGGAGGUGUGGCAGGCCAUUUGAGCGUGCUGAAUGUGGACCAAAAAGUCAUUCCCCGAUUGCUCGAUAUACUGUUCGAGACUAGUGGCAACAUCCCUCGAGCAGCACAAUCACGAGCAUGUAGCGCCGUCACGAUCCUUCCAGGUGCCCUUUCAGCAUAUCGCACAAUCGCAAUCAAGCCGUUCCUUGCAAGCCUUCGCGAAACCACCUUCAUGGGCACGCCGAUUAAGCAUGGAGAAGAUAUUGAGAUAACGCUUGGCUUACUAUAUGCUGGCUGGAGAACGGUGUACCAGAGUAAUGCUAUUGUUCACACCAUCGCGCCAGAAAAUGCUACUCGAGCUUUCUUGAUGUACACGCGUUGGGAAAGAAGUUCGUACGUGUACUUGUUGUCAAGCUUCUCUAAGAUCACUUUUCCAGCCAUCCUCAGACAACUCGGUACUCAGCUUCUCAAGGAUGUCAAAGUCAACACUAGAAGCUAUUUCUAUGUUGACAUAUACGAGGAGGCAAAGCAUCUUCAACGCAGUUCAAAUUCGGGCGCUACUUCGAGGACGAGUAUAGGGUGCCUAUUCUUGCUUAUCAAUCUCACAUCAACUGCCGUUGGUAACUGUUUGUUUCCCUUAGCGCUAUACGCUCAGAUGUACAUGGCUGUCUCUCGCCCUGAUGCAAUUCUGACAGGGUGUUUCAUUACGCUACUGUUGUCGGGCUUUCGUUCUCUUCUUUUUUUCGCUGAUUGUAGCGAUGAUCGAAAAAGCAAGGGAAAAGCAACCGAAGGAGAAGGGGAGAAAGGGAUAGGGAGCCUGAAUGGAACUAACACAACAAAGCAGGAUCGGAUUUCGAUGUUUAGUCGAAAAUCGCGACUUUCUUGGAGGUUACAGUAUGGAUGGCUCGCCAUUCUUUUUCACGCAAGCUUCAUUAGCUGGUCAUCUAUAACCGCAUUACUGACGAUCAGGAGUCAGAAAUGGCUUACCAGAUAA